CUCAUCGCGCUGGUUUCUGGGUAAUGUAGUACCUGAAGAAGUUUCCGACCUAUUUGUUUAAUAGAGGAGGCCUAUUUGUUCACACGAAGCCAGCGAGCAGGUACCACUUUUGCACUCUCUGUCAAUCUAAUUGGUGAUUAACAAGAUGAAAAAGGACAAGAGGUUUACGGCGGAGCGGUUCCUAAACUACGCUCUAGAGAUCAUCUAUCUGCUGACUGGAGAGGAAUACACAGUUGUGAAGAAGAGCUCCGGUCACAGUAGUGCUCACCAGCUGAGUAGAGAGGUGCCUAUAAAAAGCGAUGAUGUUGCCGUCUAUUUCUCUAUGGAGGAGUGGGAAUAUAUUGAGGGGCACAAGGAGGUUUACAAGGAUGUUAUGAAGGAGACUGAUGAGGCACCUAAUACGUUGGAAAUACCAGAACAUCCCCCCCCGGAUCCUGUAUUAAUAACCGAGGAGGGAGCAGAGCCGAGAGAUGAAAAACAAGAUAUUCAGAAGGUGGAAAUGUGUCCAGACUCUUCUGCAGACUUAACUGAACCAGAUGAUGAACACCCUGAGCCCGUUAGUAACCAGGAAGCUGAUGUUACGGAUAUAAAUGAUGUCACGUGGCCGGCAGUCCAAUCAGAACCUUGUGCCGAUCUUCCUGCAGAAAAUCUAGACGAUAACUCAAAUAUUGAGGAAUAUGAGGCCAAGGCAGAGGAAAAGGAGGUUGUUAAAGUCGUCAUCAAAUCCGAAAACUGUGCAGAUCCCUAUGAGGAAGAUAUCGAUUUUGUAUCACUCAUUGAAGAGGAAGACGAGGAAGAGCAAGAAGAAAAAUAUAUUCAGAAGAUUAAAAUCCCAACAUCUACCUGUGCAGAUAUCUAUGAGAGCGCUUUAGAAGCGGUCAAUGAGAAAGGUGAGGGGGAACGAGAAGAGAAAUAUGUGCGAAUCCCAUCACAUACCCACGCAGACCAGCUUGUCCAGUCACAUGAAUUUGGAAAAUGUAAUCUUUUAGAAAACUCUUACAAUACCGUUGGUUCAUUGGAUGGACUAAUCAGAGACAACACCAACCUGUCCCGAAUGAUCCAAGGAGCCCCAUUUAACACACGAUUCACCUGCAGAGAUGUCAAUCAGACAUCCACUGCUGAAUCGUUUUACCAUGAACAAGCAUCUACAAGCAAGAGCUUUUUGUCGUUUCACCAAAACAGAACUGGAGAAAAAAUACAGAUUACAAAUAGUAAUUUUGUUGAUCCACAAUCUGAUUUUCCUGUAUACCAAGCAACUCCUACACUUGAAAAUUAUUAUCAGUAUAGUGCAUAUGAAAAUGGCUUUAGUGCCCAAACUAAUCUUCAUAAAGAACAUAGAUUAUACCCCGAUGGUAAGACGAAUGUGUGUAAUAUAUGUGGGAAGUAUUACUCUAAAAAAUCUAAUCUUGUUGUACAUCUGAGAUCACACACAGGGGAGAAACCUUAUCACUGUAAUGAAUGUGAUAAACAUUUCAGCUGUAAAUCUAGUCUUCAUGUACACAAGAAAAUACAUACAGGAGAGAAGCCUCAUAGAUGCAAUGAAUGCGGGAAACACUUUGCUCAUAAACAUUAUCUUAUUAUACACCAGAGAUCCCACACAGGGGAGAAACCUCAUAGGUGUAGCCAAUGUGAUAAACUGUUUACGUAUAAAUCUAGUCUCCUUGCACAUCAGAGAACACACACAGGGGAGAAACCUCAUAGGUGUAAUGAAUGCGGGAAACCGUUUGCCAAGAAGUCAAAUCUUGAGGUGCAUAUGAGAUCACACACAGGGGAGAAACCGUAUAGUUGUAAUGAUUGUGGAAGACAUUUUGCCUAUAAAACGCAACUAAUUAAUCAUCAAAGAACACACUCUAGGGCAGGGGUUGAAAAAUCUGUGUAAAAUAUAGGAGCCACAGUAGUAUGUGUGUAUAUGUAUUUAAAACAAAAAAUAGAGAUCUAGACAUCCUCUGCAGAGGACUGUGGUACUACAGCUCCAGUUCCACCAAAAGACACUGUGGGUACUUGACUUCUUCCAUAGCAUAGUUGAGCCAUUAGUGAAACUGUUUAACAUUUUCUGGAGAUCCAGUAUGAUUAAGGAUCUCUGUUUUGAAGCAAAUGGAAUUACUAAAAUUUAAUCAUUCCUUCUUUACAUUAUAACCUUGGUGUAUAAAACUAUUGAAGGAUUAUAUAUGUAAAUGUAUUUUCACUGAGAUUUAGAAACAUAUGGUCUGCUAACAUUUUAGUGUUAGUUAUAUGUACAAAACUUGCAAAAUGAUUCCUCCCCAAACAGGAAAAAUUUACAGUGGUAAGCAAAACAUUUUAUUUUAGGUCAAUAAAUACUUUAUUCCUGAUGUCUGUAAUAUAUCUAAUUUAUUUUCAAUAUUUUUUAAUUUUAUUAUUUUGUUCUUUUUAUGAUGUAGCUAAUGUAAUAAUAUUGUGAUUUAGAUUAGCAAUACUGAAGCUGUGCCUAGUUUUAUAGGAGGUUUGAAGUUGAGUUUGUUAAGAAAUAUAGGGAAACACACAAGUACAUUGUAUUUUUAAGUUUAAUUUAUACAGCAUUUUACCUUGUGUGUGUGUGGGGGGGGCAGAUAUUGACAUAAACCUGCCUUCCUAUUUUAGUUCUUUAUAAUAUAUGUGAAUAUUACUCAGUAAUACAAACUGGUUAGCAGAGACCCGCCCACUAGGAGCGGUAGAUUUGUUAAAAGUCAAAUGCCUCUAUUGCUUGCAGGCUCACUCAUGCCUGCAACUGAUAUGUAUAAAGCAGUGAUUUAAAUAUCUGCUCCCCAAGCACUCUCUGACAGUUUAGAGUUUGCAGAUUAAAACACCCGCUAGGUGAUUGGUAAGCUCUCCUUUCGUGCAUAAAUAUAGGGAGUGAAUGCGCCUAGCAAUUUGUAAUCUAGUAUGGUCAGAUCAUUGUCGGCCUGGAUAAUGUUAAAUUUGCCCCCUUAGUAUCUUUUUCUUCCUCUACCCUCUGUUCCGGUUCCUCUCCAUCUGAAGAGGGUAGCUUGUGCUGAGAGAGUGCAUUACUGAGGUUUGUUUUUUUCAAGGGAAAAAAUGAAUAUGGGCUUAGAUUGACUCCUCUCAAUAUCAGACCGUAUUCAAGCCAUACCAUUAUUUUAUUUAUAUUUCACGACAUUUGAAUACUGUACAACAAACUCUUUGACAAACAGUGUAUAUUUUUAUGAAAAUGUCAAUAAAAAGGUUGUAGA